GGAAGACAAACUUUAGGCUUUGUGAUAUAAAGCGCGGAACACGGCUAGCAACAAGCAGAAAAACACUUGAAUCCUACCUCAAAUCUUUAGGAUAUAUCUCUCCAAGACAUUUCUGGGAUAGCUUAAACAUGUAUAAGCUAGACCUUCCAGUCGAUAUGAAGGAAACGGCUGCUAUUGAGCGCCGGAGAAACCGUGAAUUGCAGCGGCAAAGUAGGAUUUUCAACGCCCGUGUCAGGACGAUCGGGAUUGAUCUACAAGCCUUGGAAACACAAGUAGCUGAUAGAAAGCGCCAGGAAGUUGAAGAACAGAGAAGGCAUAAUGCUUUUGCUGCCGACAUGAAAAGGAAUGACAUGAUUUGUGCACUAAUGCAGCAACGACAGGAACACGACAUCCGGGAGCUUAAUAAGGAGGUGAACACAUUCCGUCAGGAGCACCAGAGACCUGAAGACACCAGGGAGUGGGAAUUGAAUGAUCCUGACUGUCUCAAAAAGGACAAGCCUGCCCGAGUCUCAGAUGACGACCCACGCUGCGGUAUCUCAUCAUUGCAGAAGUUUGUUGGUGAAGACCUGAACUCCAAAAGUCGCAGGAAACUGCAGGAGGAGCAAAUGAGGGAAUGGGUCAAACAACAAUCCAAUGAGAAGAACCAAGACAAAGCUAACCAGUCAUAUAGUGAUUAUUUAUAUGACCUGAAGGCGCGCGAGCUGGACCAGCGAGCAUGUGAACUUGCACAAGCUGAAUCAGACUGCCGUAGAGCUAUCAACCAGGCCACAAAAGAUUUCAAUCUUGCCUUGAUGAAGGAGAGGCAAGCGAAGGAGGACUUGGAAAAGCAGCAGGAGCUUGAUGAUAACAUGACUGAAAUCUCAAACCAUGUAUUUGGUGACAUGUUGACAGAGAAUCCUGAUGUGGCUCAAAGUGCAUUUGGGGGGCAUCGUGUGAUUACUGAUCGCUGGAAGGGAAUGAGUCCGGCCCAAUUGGCAGAGAUACGCUAUAUCCAACAACAACAGCUUAAAGAGAAAGAGAGACUGAAGCAAGAGGAGGAAGAACGUGAAAAGGAGUACCAGCGGUUGUUGCUAACACAAGCCAAGGCUGGUAUCUUGAUGGAGCGGGAAUUGGAACGCAAGCGAAAGCAGCUUGAGAAAGACCAGGCUCAAGAGAACCUCAGACUCUCAGCCGAGCAGAAAUCACACCAAGAAUAUGUCAACAAAGAGGUGUACACAAAUCCACCUACUGCUGCCUACUUCAUGCAAUUCAACACAACCAGCAGAUGAUCAUGAAUAGUUUACAUAGUUUCCAGGCAAAAUCAAUGGGCAAAUUUGUACAGAAUUUUAGUUCUGAAAUGGUGAUCAAUAGUUGUAAGUUUGCUUAUUAGCAGUAUUUCUACAUUUAUCGUGCACUGUCAUUAUGUACUCAGAUUUAAAUUUUCAGAAAAAAAUUAAACAUUCAACUAUU